AUGGAUCGCCGACAGCGAGCCAAGGACCAUAAAUCUAUUUACCGUCCAGAAAGAUUCAAAGUUCUUCAGAAGAAAUGUGACCUCCCGAAAAAUGUUUGGAUAACAGAGGAUCUAAUUUGGGAGAAUCGGGAGCUAAAGAAGAAGCCUAGAGAUGUCGUGAAAGAAGCAUUCGAAAGUGUAAAGAAGCCACGUUUUCAUCUUAGGCAACUGUAUACAGACGGAGCUUUGUUCAAAAUUACAUACUUGUCUUGGUCACUGUCAGGUUAGUCAGUAAAUAUGCAGAAAUACGCCGAAUGGAAGAAUGAAUGUGCCGGAUGGUUAACAACUCAAAUGAUCCAGAUUUAGAUCUUUAAUGAUCAUGGUAUAUCUCCAAUAGAAGAGUUUAAAAAGUUCUCCAAGGUAGUUAAACCCUACCUUUCGAUGUUACAUCUAUAGAAUCAAAUAUUAAAGCCAUUUCAAACAAAGAAGGCAACUAGGUCUUCAGUAUGGUCCAAGUUUCUAGGGAAAAUGUAAGCGGUCCUUUUUGUUUACAGGGAAAUUAUCAGGGGUAAUUCUAAAAGAGCUAACUGCAGUAUUAACAAUAGUGCACCUAAAUGCAGCUAUAUUUUUAAUAAUGCAGCCACAAACGUUUUCGAUUUAGUGUUAUUGCUUUAUAUAUUAAAAUUACACAUCUUACAUCAGCUAACUUUCUUACUAAUAUGAAAUAACAAUUUCAGUAGUAUUGGUUCUAAUUUCAACUGACUUACCAUAGUCCUUUUCAUUGUUCUUCUCCUCAAAAACUUUUGCGUUUAAUCCCAUUACUUUUUCUUCAUUGUGCUUAAUAUGAUUCUCAAACAACUCUUCCUCAUUUCCCUCGACAUCCUUUUCAACUUUCCUAGGAAACCUUCCCUGCAAUAUUUCACUUGCUUUUCGUUUAAGUGUUGACGAUGUACAUUUAUAUUCUUUUUACCAAUAUCCAUAGUGAAAAUAAGUUUGUUUUGGCCAAGGAAAUUUAAGUCAUGAAAGCUUUUCGUAGGUUUCAUCGAACAUCAAAUUUUUAGUCAAUACCACGGCCCUGAGCUCUUUAUGGUGGCCAAGUUACGUUUUCAACUCAGUUGUUAACACUUAAUUACCUGCUAGCAUGAAUUCCCUUCGGAGGUAGAAAUUGCGUAACACUUUUUUUCAUCUUUGUGUGUGGUAAUUUAUGUAUAUCACCAACAUGUGAUACCAGUCUUCUUGAAUUAAUGUAACGUCAAGGUGAACAAUAUUUGCAUAGAAUAAAACACAUUGUAUUUGGUCAUUUUGAGUUGCAAAUGGUAGUUUUGGUAAGUUAUAUAUGCACUGAAGUUGAAUGGAGGAUUCCUUGGAAGACGAAUCUAUCGUGUACAUAACGCAGAGCUCGAGUUCCACGAGUUCCACCGCCAUUGAAGGUAGUGAAAUUUUGUUUUUUACAAGGCUGUACUUUAGCCAACUGCUAGAAGCUUUUCGUUUUUCUUUCUUUAGGAGAGCAGAGUUCUAGAUGACCGAUAUCCUCCUUUUGAGUGCGAGGAGUUCGAAGAAAGUUGGGUAUCACAUCAAGACAUCGUAAAUGGGCCUCGGUUUUGA